AUGGCCUCUCACCAUGUGAUCACGGUCCAGCCCCAGUUUUCGACUGCCCCGCCGGUAGGCCAGUGGCAGACAGGGCUGAUGGACUGCUGCUCCGACUGCGGCAUCUGUCUUUGUGGAACCUUCUGCUUCUACUGCCUCUCCUGCCAAGUGGCUGGGGACAUGGAUGAGUGCUGCCUGUGUGGAUCCAGCGUGGCCAUGAGGACACUGUACCGCACCAAAUACAACAUCCCGGGCUCCAUUAUGGAUGACUACAUGGCUGCUGCGUGCUUGCCCCACUGCUCACUCUGCCAGCUGAAGAGAGACAUCAAUCGGAGGAAGGAGCUGGGCAUAUUCUGGUAA